CUCUGUUUUGUAGAAAAAUGCACUAUUAUAAAAUGUAGAAAGGCCAACUUUUAUCAUUAAAGCAUGUUGCCCGCGUGAACUGAUUGAAGAUCUUCAUGUUUUUAAUCUUUAGUCAGUACAUAUACAAUCACUGUUCAAAAUGUCGACUGUUCGGGAAUGGAGUACAGAAACAUUGAUUGCGGACCACAGAGAACUACAGUGUACAUCUCUCUCUGUAUCUCCUGGGGGGGAUUUGGUUGCUCUCAGUGGAAGAAAACAUCUAGCUCUCCUCAGUCUGACCGACCCUACCCAGGUAUUGAAACAGAUGUGUAGGGGAACAAGAUGGAAUUGUACAAAACUAGCCUGGAAUCCAUCCCAGUAUUUCAGUAAUUAUAUUCUCCUUGCUACUAAUGAUAAAAUAGAAGUGUACACUAUAAACCAAACUACAAUAGAACCUCUAGAUCCUAUCCGAGGACAUUGCAGGCAAAUCUCUGAUAUAUGUUUGAGUGUCCUCGAUGGGAGGAUGGUUGGAUCAACGGAUGGGAAUGGAUCAAUCCAUGUUUGGGAUAUCAGGGAUUACAGGAGACCAAGCAUAUCCUUCCAAACAAUGAUUGGAGCAAACCAAAUUCAAUGGAGCAGAGCAAAUGUCAAUCUAUUGGCGGGAGCUCAUGAAGGAGAUAUUAAACUUUGGGAUACACGACAUCCUUCAUCUUUUAUAGUAUCCAGUACACCACACACUUCCAGGUAUAGUAUCCAAUACACCAACACACUUCCAGGUAUUGUUUACAUUACACCACACACUUCCAGGUAUUGUAUCCAGUACACCACACACUUUCAGGUAUUGUAUCCAGUGCACUACACACUUCCAGUUAUUGUAUCCAGUACACCACACACUUCCAGGAUCCAAAGUGUAGACUGGAUGAGCGGACAGAAUAGCUUAAUAACCUCGAGUUCGGAUUGUACUGUCAAAUUACACACACUCUCAGAAGAAUCUGGUUUACAGACAGCAGAAAACGGACUAAAGACAUCAAUUCCAGUUUGGAGAGCAAAAUUUACUCCAUUCGGAGAAGGGAUGGUUACUGUUUUGGUACCCCAGCUAGGAACUCCUGAGCACUCUAUAUUUUUGUGGAAUACUGGAAAUCUUUCCAGUCCCGUACAUACCUUCGUAGGGCACAGGGAUGACGUUCUGGAUUUUGAAUGGCGGAUGGAAGACGACUGGCAGUUAGUCUCUUGGUCACGUGACCAAACAAUUAGAGUUUGGAAUUGUAGUAAUCAGAUUCAAGCCAGGUGUGGCUCAGUUGAAGAGGAAUCUUCUGCUGACCAAGGGAGGGAUGCUUUGAAUGUCGUCUUCCAGCUAUAUCCCGCUGAGCCGGACUCCUUGGCUGAUCUGAAAAAAAUUAAAGAUGACCCAACUUUACCCUCGGUAUUAUCAGCUACCUCUAUCCAAACUGACCCAGCUAUUAACCAGCAUGCUGACCAGCCUCUACCAAAAUUAAAAAGUCGCCAAGGCAGCGCAAGUUCUUUUGCUGAUCUAACAGAAAGAUUUUGUAAAGAACAAUCUCCACGUGGUGCUUUGUCACAGUCGGACAGCUCAGGUGCUCUUGAAAAUACUCUGCAGCAGGAGUUUGCUCUGUUAGAUACAAACUUUAGUUUCAUUAGAUUAAUUAUACAGAUCUGGUUUCCCUCGACCUACCCUGUCAAUACACCACCAGUAUUCAGUUUUCUUCAGGGUUCAACAAUAAAAUCAGAAUUAAAAAUCCGACUGCUCAACCUACUAAAAGAAACUGCACAGCACUUGGUUGCAAGGAACCGAGCCUGCCUAGAAAGAUGUUUACGAAUUCUUGAAUGCCAACUAGCUGUUGUCCAUCAGGAGAACAGUCUAGACACUGUACGGACAAAUCAGAAGUUUCCUUUUCAAAGUGUUCCUCUUAAAUAUCAGGAUAACUCUAUACCGUACCCUCGGACUGCUGGAGCAAGAUUUUGCUCAAAUAAUCUUCUUGUGUGCUUUGGGAGACCAACAUAUAAGAAACAAAUAAAAAAUAUAAAUGGGACUGGGCCCACGCCUCGAGCUUACUCUGCGUAUAUAAGUCUUCUUGCUUCAAGAUCAGAAAAGAAUUUAUUUCCAAGCUUAGCAUUAUCUAGUCUUCCAGAGCAGCAAGAAAGACAACUGAGUACCCUAAACACUGGCAGGUUUAAAGUUAGAAGAGUUGGAACAGAGGAUAGAUUUGUCAGACGAAGAAAAUCGGUUCAGCUUAGGAACCAGUCAGUUUCUCUCACUGUCACUAUUUAUAGUGUUGAAAGACUUCUUCCAGUCAGUUUGGAGCUGGCAGAGCAUUAUGUUAUUGAAGAGGAUACCGUUCAGAUGUGUGUGAUGAAUUCUAAUAUUACUGAGAGUUUAAAUAGACCUGAUUUAGCUCAUAUCUGGAGAGUUUUAGGUGAGAUAGCCAGGUCCUGUGAGAUAUAUACUAGAGAGAAGGAACACCCCUGGAGCAGAUCUCCCCUAGGAACUAAACUUAUCCAGUCUAUCAUCAGGCAUUUUAUCAACUGUCAUGAUUUCCAAACUAUUGCUCUGAUUGUGUGUGCGUUCACCAAACCUACAAAAGCUGAUCAGGUUCUCACAACAGAAAAGCAACAAGAGAAAACUAAUUCUGCAAAAGAUAGAUUCUGGUUUCUUCGACCAGGAGGACUGACAAAUCUAAAUGAUUCUCCAUACCAUACAAUACAUGCCGGCAAAAUAGAAAACUUUCCAGGUAAAAACCGGACUGGAGGAUCGAAUCCCAACCUGGAUAAAUGUUGGAGUAAAAAUAUCAGAUCUAAUUCAUGGACUGAUAUUCUUCCAGAAGAAAUCAGAUAUUCACUAGAUAAUUCAAACUUUUCCGAGGAAGAGAGUCCGCAGAAACCUGUUUCUAAAACCAGUGUUGGAGAACUUAAAUUUGGUCUGUUAGCUCCUGAACAGAUAGACCUGUAUUCAGAUGCACUAAAUGUUUAUGCAAAUUUGUUAUAUAACGGCCAGAAACUGCAGAAAAGAUGCGAAGUACUAAAGCACGGAGUGUACACCUUUUGCGAGGAACCAGUUAGUUUUGGUCAGCUUGAAUCUCCAAAAGAUUGCGCGCCAAAUUUGAUUUGUGAAUUAUGUCGUCUUCCAGUUCGAGGAUUUUCCUGUAUCUGCCCUUUGUGCGAGCACGGAGGCCAUGCUGGUCAUUGGAUGGAAUGGUUUCGAGGAAGGGAUGUUUGUCCAACAGGUUGUGGAUGUCAUUGCUUCCAAUACAUGUCAUAAAUUUAUUCUGUUGCGAGGUUUUCUCCUUUUCUUUUUACCUCAACCGUUCUUCCAUUUUUAAUUAUAUUAUUACGUUUUCUUCAAAUCCCUUUCUCUGAAGAUUUGUUUAGAAUUUGGACCAGCAUAGUUUGAGCUUUAAUAAAAUGGAAUUUUGAAUUCUAUAGAAAUGCAAUAAAAUAGCAAUGAAUUAAUAUAAUCAUAAUUUAUAGAAAAUAAAUAAAAUUUACAAUUAGAAAAUCUUUUAUGUCUAUUUUGUAUACAAAUUGUAUUCUAUUCAAUUGUUUAUAUAUAAAAUUAUGUCACAUUUCCGAUAGUUUUUCAUACCUUAAAUAUGCUAGAGACAAAAAUAUGAUAUUUGAAAAGCUC